AUGUCUCGGCCAAGCGUGCCAUACGGUGGCACUACUGGUAGUUCGUACAUGUCGUCGACGGAGCAGGAUAACUUCAGUCAAGCGCAACUUGACCAACUUUUUGCAGCGGUUGAGAACGGCUAUUCAUCGAACGACACUGGCGUUCUGAAUGACCUGGACUACAGAUUCGACUCCUCGCUGGUAGCGGACUCGUCAAAUCCUUCUACAAUCUCUACGCCAAACUACUCAAACUACUCCUUCACGGAAGCAAACACAUACCCUACCCCUGGACCAAGCACACCGCAUCCCUAUCCGUUCGAACUCCAGCAGCAAUUCCAACCAAACACUACCGCAAGCGCUCCAACCUACGGCCAUAAUCAUCCCCUACCAGUCUUCUCGCAUACGAACAACCGCUUCUUCCGUUCCACCCAGCCACCACAACCCUACGUCCGCCGCCGUUCCCUCAGCCAAGGCGACGCAGAGCGCAUCGCCACCACCAACACCGUCCCUGCUAACCCCACGUUCUUCCGCCUACAAGCCCCACGAGCGCGAUCCGCAGCCGCAGAAGACGACAACUAUCGAAAAAGACGAGGCGCGCCGUACCCCAAACAUGGCAGGAGUGCAAGCCAAGGCCCCGGAGCCAGAGGCAGACAGUCACGCGGCGAGACACCGACGAGUAUGCCAUGGGGCAUGCAAGGCGGUAUGCUGCCAACGCCUAUCGGCACACCACUUAGUGCCAUGGAUAUGGACAGUCCGAAUGCACGCCCGACCUACCACGGAGGCAUGCCGAUGAAUCCUACCGGUAUGCCGAUGCAGUACGAGUACUCGAACGACCUGAUGCUCAGGCAUAUGACGGGUCUUGAUCAGCUCGCGAAGAGCAGGCAGAUCAUUGAGAUUGGGGCGAUGGCUGUGUACGAUAAGGUUAGGCUUGAUCCGCGGCUUGAUCAGGAGACGGGGAAGAGUAUCCAUGAGCGUAUUUUGGAGAAGCUGGAGGAUGUGGAGCGGUAUUUGAAGGAGGGUGGUGUGGACUGCGAGCAGGUGCUGAGGAGCUGUACGACGAUUCGUGAGGCGCUGGCUAGGAAGAUUGAGGAUGAGGAUGCACUGAACAGGGACAAGGAGAUUUCGUCGGUAGAAGAGGAUGCCGACUCGCUCAAUGCACCGAGCAAGGUCUAUGGAGAUGGCGGACUGUGUGAUGGCGGUAUUGAGGACAACGAGGACGGCGAUCUCAUGACGAUGCUGAUGAAGGAAAACGAACGCUUCGAAGCCGGCAAGGAGGAUGUUUGA